AGUAUACUGAUCUGAAGAGAUGCUACUCUAUAGAAGGCUUGCUGUGUUCAUGAGGAGGUAUGAAUCUAGGUACCACACGACAGUGCAGAGUGUGAUUGGAGAGGGGGCAAAGUGCUGGAUGAAUGAGAGCAUCACCAUCUGUGGUUGGGUGAAGGCUGCUAGACUAGUGUGUGCUGUGUGUGUGUGUGUAGGGUUGGGUGAAGGCUGCUAGACUAGUGUGUGCUGUGUGUGUGUGUGUAGGGUUGGGUGAAGGCUGCUAGACUAGUGUGUGCUGUGUGUGUGUGUAGGGUUGGGUGAAGGCUGCUAGACUAGUGUGUGCUGUGUGUGUGUGUAGGGUUGGGUGAAGGCUGCUACUAGUGUGUGCUGUGUGUGUGUGUGUAGGGUUGGGUGAAGGCUGCUAGACUAGUGUGUGCUGUGUGUGUGUGUAGGGUUGGGUGAAGGCUGCUAGACUAGUGUGUGCUGUGUGUGUGUGUGUAGGGUUGGGUGAAGGCUGCUAGACUAGUGUGUGCUGUGUGUGUGUGUAGGGUUGGGUGAAGGCUGCUAGACUAGUGUGUGCUGUGUGUGUGUGUAGGGUUGGGUGAAGGCUGCUAGACUAGUGUGUGCUGUGUGUGUGUGUAGGGUUGGGUGAAGGCUGCUAGACUAGUGUGUGCUGUGUGUGUGUGUAGGGUUGGGUGAAGGCUGCUAGACUAGUGUGUGCUGUGUGUGUGUGUAGGGUUGGGUGAAGGCUGCUAGACUAGUGUGUGCUGUGUGUGUGUGUGUAGGGUUGGGUGAAGGCUGCUAGACUAGUGUGUGCUGUGUGUGUGUGUAGGGUUGGGUGAAGGCUGCUAGACUAGUGUGUGCUGUGUGUGUGUGUAGGGUUGGGUGAAGGCUGCUAGACUAGUGUGUGCUGUGUGUGUGUGUAGGGUUGGGUGAAGGCUGCUAGGAAGCAGUCAGACAGAGUCUUCGUUGAUGUCAAUGACGGCUCUUGUCUUGGCAGACUCCAGGUUGUGAUCUCUCUGGACCAACUGCCACAGGCCAGGGAGUUGACAGUGGGCUCAUCAGUGACAAUGGAGGGACUGCUAGUGGAGAGCAGUCACUCUGGACAAGCUGUGGAGUUGUUGGCUAACACUCUACAGCUAGGUCAAUGCAACACUCAAGAGUUCCCAUUCAAAGCUCGUCAGACACACACUCCGGACUACAUUCGACAGUUCCCACAUCUUCGUGCCAGAACACAGUCUUUCUCUAGUCUCCUGCGAUUGAGGGACACAGCCACGGCUCUCAUCCACACCUUCUUUAGAGACAAUGGCUUCAUUAAUGUACACACACCCAUCCUCACAUCCAGUGAUUGUGAGGGGGCGGGGGAAUUGUUCUCUGUGAAGCCCUGCAGGGAGGAAGGAGAUGUGGAAGAAGAUGAAGAGGGAGAGUUCUUUGGCUGUAAAGCAUACCUCACUGUGUCUGGCCAACUCCAUGCUGAAGCCAUAGCCUGUGGGAUGAAGUCUGUGUACACUUUUGGUCCAACCUUUCGUGCUGAACGUUCUCACAGCUCACGCCAUUUGUCAGAGUUCUAUAUGAUUGAGGCUGAGAAGGUGUUUCUUUCAAGUGAACUGGAGCCUCUGUUAAACCUUGUCGAGGAUCUGUACAAAUACACAGUGGAGGGAUUACUGAGAGAGAGGGAGGAGGACAUGACGUUCUAUCAUGAGCAGAGCCAAAGCACAAAGGAAUGGGUCAUGAAAAGUCUGUCAAGGCCAUUUCUCAGAAUGACAUACUCUGAAGCAGUUAAUGCGCUGAGAGCGGCUAAUGCCAACUUCCAGUUUGAACCCAAGUGGGGGAGUGACCUCAAGUCAGAGCACGAACGCUACCUCACUCACCACGUUGGACAUUGCCCUCUGUUUGUCACCGACUAUCCUGUCACACUCAAACCAUUCUAUGCACGACAGAACAGCGAUGGAGAGACAGUAUCAGGGAUGGACCUCCUCCUACCAGGUGUGGGGGAGGCUGUGGGGGGUAGUAUUAGGGAGGAGAGGGAGGAGUCACUGCAAGCCGCUCUAACAAGGUGUGGAAUGUUAGAGUCGUAUCAAUGGUAUAUGGAUCUCCGUCGCUUUGGUACUGUACCACACGGUGGAUUCGGACUGGGCUUUGAGAGAUUGUUGCAAGCUGUGUUAGGAGUUAAACACAUUAGAGACGUUACCCCAUUCCCAAGGUUCCUGGGUUCAUGUGACAUGUAAUCAUUGUUGAAUUCUUGUUCAAGUUUUUUUGUCAUAAUAAUAAUAGUACAUUCGUAAUAAGAAUUGAGUCAAAAACUGAGUUAAAUUAAUAAAGA